UGAUCUAAUCAGUUUGGGUUACGGUCUCUCACGGAUACUACGGUCCUAUGACCAAAAUGAUUUCCACUCUCGCGCUCUUCGUUUUAAGCAUACUGCUUGCUCAUGCUGCUCCUCAAGGUGCAGCAAUUCCUCAGAAUUAUUAUAUUCCACCACCGGACGUACCUCCAACUUCAUACCCUGCUGCAGCAGAACCAGCUGGCACACCAUUUGCAUACCAAGGGUAUCCACCCAACUUCUACCCCGGGAAUACACCUAGAACUCCCCCGUUCUACCUUGGCUUCGAAAAUCCGAACUACCCUGUUCAUCCGAUUCCUAACAAUCCUGUCCCAAUAGUCCCCUUAACUCAACCAGUACAACCUGUUCCAGUUCAAUUACCUAUAACACAAAGUGUUCCAAUACCAAGCCCACUGCCACCUUUACCUCAACCCAUUGUACCAAAUGUUCUAAUACCAAUAAAUACAGCUCAGGCAACAACCUACACUGGUAAUGCGUCUGGAAACGCUUAUGCCACAAGCGUUUCCAGAAUAAGUGAAUCUAUCAAUGAUAGUUAUAACUACGGAUCUGGAUCUGGCUCUGGCUCCGCUUCAGCUAGUGGAAACACAUUAGGAACUAGCUCUGACUUUGGUUCAGGAUCUCGCUCAGGCUCACGAUCAUGCUUAGGCCCAGGAUCAUGCUCAGGCAAAGGCUCAGGCACAGGCUCAGGAUCAUGCUCAGGCACAGGAUCAUGCUCAGGCCGACGAUCAGGCUCAGGCUCAGGGUCAUGCUCAGGCCCAGGGUCAUGCUCAGGCGAAGGAUCAGGCUCAGGUUCAAGAUCAUGCGCAGGCACAGGAUCAUGCUCUGGCAUAAAUUCAGGCAGAUGCCCAGGAUCAUGCUCAGGCACAGGAUCAUGCUCAGGCCCAGGAUCAUGCUAAGGCGCAGGAUCAGGCUCAGGCAAAUGCCCAGGAUCAUGCUCACGAACCAGCACAAGAGGAACUAGCUCUGAAUCUAUCAGAUAGACUAAGUUUUUGUACCAUUUCUUUCUCCGUAUAACGCUUUCAAAUUCCAGUUUUUGAACCAGUCAUCCCCGGAACCUUACCCGCAAUCAAAGGGAAAACUGUGCUUUUGCUUCAGUAACUACUUAGAGAUGCCAGCAGUCAUUCACAAUCAAUUUAGAUUUUACUAAACCGGUAUUAAUAAGUAAGCAAGCAUAUUCAAAAUCAAUCCAUGUAUGGAACCAAAAAUAUUAAUAAAUGAAUAAAGCAAGA